CCGGCGCGCCCUGCACAGGUCACGGCGACAAGUGAGAGAAGCAGAAGGGACCGGAAGCCGAGAGGUCAGAGGUCACCUAUCGGGGGGCACCACCUCCGGGAUCGGCUAUAAUAGGCACUUCUGGCCCUUCGCACAAUGCACGCCCGUUUGCUGUCGGACCUCUGCGGCCCUCUGCGGAGACAUGGUUGGCGCUGCGUUUGCCCCCCUCAACGUGCAUCAUCCACAGAGGUGCAGCCGCUGCCGCCUCGCGCCCAGGUGGUCAUCUGCGGAGGAGGGAUAAUGGGUGCGUCCGUGGCUUAUCAUUUGGCCAAGAUGGGCUGGCAAGACGUCCUGUUACUGGAGCAAGGAAGGUUGGGUGCCGGCUCCACGCGGUUUUGUGCCGGCAUGGUGAGCACCGUAAAGCACAUAUCUAUUGAGACGGAGAUGGCCGACUAUUCCAAUAAACUUUAUCAACAGUUAGAACAAGAGACGGGGGUCCCAACAGGCUACACGAGGAGUGGGUCCAUCUCACUGGCCCAGACGCAGGACCGACUCAUAUCGCUGAAGCGCAUGGUGUCCAGGUUGAGGAUGAAGGGGAUUCCCUGUGAGAUCAUUACGCCGAAGCAGGUGGGUGAGCUUCACCCCCUGAUAAACAUACAUGACCUGGUCGGGGCCAUGUAUGUUCCCGAAGAUGCUGUGGUGUCCACAGCCGACGUGACCCUCGCGCUCGUAGCCUCCGCACGGAGUAAAGGGGUUCAGGUGCAUGAACAUACCAGCGUCAACCAUGUGCUGGUGGAGAAGGGGCAUGUGUUUGGCGUGGACACGGAUCGGGGGCAGGUGGACUGCGAGUAUUUUGUGAACUGCGCCGGGCAGUGGGCUUAUGAGCUGGGUCAGUCCAACGAGGAGCCGGUCAGCAUUCCUCUGCAUGCCUGCGAACACUUCUACCUCCAGACCCGUCCGCUGCGGCCCCUGCUACAGGACAGCACACCCACUGUGGUGGAUCCUGAUGGCAGAAUUUAUAUCCGGAGCUGGCAAGGAGGGAUCCUAUCUGGUGGCUUUGAGAAGAAUCCCAAACCCAUCUUCACUGAAGGCCGCAAUCAGCUAGAGAUUCAGAACUUGCAAGAGGACUGGGACCACUUUGAGCCUCUGCUGACUGCGUUGUUGCGCCGGAUGCCGUCUCUGGAAGCCCUGGAGAUCCUGCGUCUGGUGAACUGCCCGGAAUCUUUUACCCCAGACAUGCGCUGCGUGAUGGGGGAGAGUCCCAACCUGCUGCGGUACUUCACCCUCGCGGGCAUGAAUUCCCAGGGCUGCUCUCUGGGAGGGGGAGCUGGCAAGUUCCUUGCGGAGUGGAUGGUGUACGGCUACCCUCAAGACAACGUGUGGCCCUUGGACAUAAAGCGCUUUGGAGCCCUACAGAGCAGCCGGACGUUCCUGAGACACCGAGUCAUGGAGGUUAUGCCCCUGAUCUACGACCUGAAGGUACCACGCUGGGACUUCCAGACGGGUCGGCAGCUGCGCACCUCGCCCCUUUAUGACCGCCUCGAUACACAAGGCGCCCGGUGGAUGGAGAAACACGGCUUCGAGAGGGCAAAGUACUUCGUGCCCCCUGGUAAAGACCUUCUGGCGCUUGAUCAGAGCAAGACGUUCUACAAGCCCGACUGGUUUGACAUUGUGGGGUCGGAGGUGAAGUGCUGUAAGGAGGCUGUCUGCGUUAUCGACAUGUCAUCCUUCACAAAGUUUGAGAUCAGCUCUCCUGGAGACCAGGCUCUAGACACCCUGCAGUACCUUUUCUCCAAUGACCUGGAUGUGCCGGUGGGACACAUCGUUCACACGGGAAUGCUGAACGAUAGGGGAGGCUAUGAGAACGACUGCAGCAUCGUUCGGCUCAACAAACGCUGCUUCUUCAUGAUCUCCCCCACAGAUCAACAGGUCCACUGCUGGUCCUGGCUGCGGCAGAACAUGCCCGGUGACAGCGAUCUGGUAUUGGAGGACGUCACCUGGAAGUAUACGGCUCUAAACCUGAUCGGGCCGCGGGCCGUGGAUGUGCUGUCUGAGUUAUCGUACGCCCCCAUGACGCCAGAACACUUCCCAUCUUUAUUCUGCAAGGAGAUGAGUGUGGGCUACGCCAAUGGGAUCCGAGUGAUGAGUAUGACCCACACAGGAGAGCCGGGCUUCACCUUGUACAUUCCCAUUGAGUACGCGCUGCACGUCUACAAUGAGCUGAUGAAUGUGGGGCAGAAGUACGGCAUCCGCAACGCAGGCUACUACGCGCUGAGGAGUCUGCGCAUCGAGAAGUUCUUUGCCUUCUGGGGUCAGGACCUCGAUGCCUUCACCACCCCUCUGGAGUGCGGGAGGGAAUUUCGGGUGAAACUAGACAAGGGCUACGACUUCAUAGGCCGGGAAGCCUUGCUGCGGCAGCGUGAGGACGGAGUGCUCAAGCGGUUCACCAUGUUCAUACUAGAGGACCAUGACACGGACCUGGACCUCUGGCCCUGGUGGGGAGAGCCAAUUUACCGCAACGGGGAGCAUGUGGGCAAGACCACCAGCAGCGCCUACAGCUACACCCUGGGCAGACACGUGUGCCUGGGCUUUGUCCACAGCCAGCAGCCGGUCACCCCGGACUUCAUCAACCGAGGGGAUUACGAGAUAGAGAUCGCCGGCCAGCGGUUCCAGGCCAAAGCCAAGCUGUACCCCUUCAGCUCCCUGUUUACCCAGCGCCGCCGGAAGGAGGAUCUGGAGUUGGGGUAUUAAGGAGUUGGAGGAGGAAAUGGGCAGAACUCUGGCACUUACGGGACAUCAGGAGGGGAUGUGCUGUCGGAGGGGGCAUUGGGGGCUCCCGGUCAGCACGGGAUCGUGCCCAUUGGAUGCAUGGAUUAAAAAACCCCAAAAUCA